CAACAACUUUGUAAGCAAUAAUUUUUGUUACCAAAGGUCAGUUAUGGCUUGUGGAAUAUUUCUCUCACUCUGCAUCUUUUAUAUUAAGUUAAGCAUAUAGUUACACAUAUAGAAAUGCAUAAAAAUACACACUUGUUGAUCAUGCCACCACUAUUUUUUUUAAAUUUUUCAUUAGAAAUGCAUCAAGCAAUCGCAGAAAUAAGCAGCAACAACAAAAACUUAUACUCAUUACAUAUUCCACGAGCGUCAUUAAAUUCUUCUUCCUCGUCCGGUGCAUCAAGUAUAAGUCGUUCAAGAGAAUUCUCUCCAAAUUUAAUACAUCAGAAAAGGCAUGGAAGACAUACAGAUGAUAUUGGCAAGGCAGAAAUCGAGAGCGAGUGGGAUGAACAAAGUAACGCGAAUACAUUUAGUGAAGAAGAUGGUAAAAAGCCAUCAGCACGACAAAAAGGAAGUCAAAAAUAUUUUGUACAUAAGGUGCGAAAAGCUAAUCUAACAGCUACUCAAAGCUCCUCAUCAUCAUCAUCAGCGAGUAAUCAAAGUAAUCAUAGCGUGAAUUCACUACUGCUAAGUGUCAAGAAUUUAGAAAACUUUAAUAGCUUAUCAACUGACAAUGUAGUCAACAGCAAUAAAAUUUACAACACAAGUGAUAAUCUUUACAGGAAGCAAAUGCUAGAAAAUAUCAAAAACAUUUUGGCUAUUGAUAGUGCGGAAUCAAAGAAUAAUAAAAAGAAAAAGGAACCUGAUCAAAUAUCGACUUCAAGUACUGCGACUAAUACUAAUUUUACGGUGAUAACAUUUAAUGGAUUUGAUAAAACCGAGAAUAAAAAGUCUCGAGCAAUAUGCCGUCGGCGACAUCAAGUCACAAUACUUAUCAUAUGUAUGACAUUUCUCCUAUUCAUUGGAAUUUCGAGUGCUGUAUGUAUGCUAGAAAUGCGUUAUCAAAAAAUGCCUAGAUGAUGCUCCUUUCGUAUUAAGUAUAAGUUAUACGAGCGAAUAGUGUCAACGGAUUUAAGUUAACAUGAAAUAUACAUCCGCAUCUGUUGAUACGACGUCUUGGUUAAACAUAUUAAUUUCUUGUGAUUUCUUCUUUUAUGGAACUUUACCAUUAGAUUGUAGCGACAAAUUUAUCUGUUAUUGAAAUAGAGAAAAGUGAAAAUACUGAAAUAA